AUGGAGGUUAAUGAUGUUGCUGAUGUUGUUGAUGAAGCUGAGUGUGAUGAGGAGGAUUACAACAUUUCAGCAGCGAUGUUGCAAUGGUUAUAUACAGGUUACUCGAGGCAUCGUAAGACUCUCAAAGUCGAUCUCUCCGCCUCUCUUCUGGAGAGAAACUUCAACAUCUCGUGUUCGCCUGUGUGCGAGAGGCUCCCGUUCGCCCCGGCAACUAACCCGUUAAAGUUGACAGCUCAAUAUCUCCACGGUCCUCAUGAUCUCAUGGCUCAGCUAGCGUCUGGAGGACCCCAUAGGUAUUUGUGGCAGGGGCUUAACAACCCAUCGGGCUGUCUUUCAGUUCCCAACCAGGCCGAACCUCACCAGAAUGGGAAGAGGCUCUUUGAAGACAGAACCCUGGCUUUCCAGCUUGGGACGCGGCGAGGAAGCGUGCCAAUCAGCCCACUAGGGACCCUCUUGUCUUUGACCAAGGCCGGGUUAGUCGGUUGCUGCCGAACGGCCGAUCAAUCCAGCUCCGCUCUCUGCCCAACCAUUGAUUUUGCCUCCCUCCCCCACGAGUCAAGCUAUGCUACAGACAUCGGGUCUCACAUUAGCUCAGCAGUGCCGAACUGGCUUGGCAGAGUCAUCAAGGAAAAUGACGCUGUCAUCGACCUUGCAGAAGCGUCUCGUGCUUCAAAAAGUCUCAUCGAGAACGUAGUCAUUCCAAUAACAUCAACGCGUCUUUGGAUAUUGGGCAACCUGGAAUAUGAUGUAGCUUUGUCGCAUGAUGUCACGAUGUCUCACCAAUACGUCCAGGUAGUCGGCGCCGUUUCUGAGGCCGUCGACAACACGGCGUAG